AUGUCUUUAUCCAAAUUCAACGGUGGUUCCAAGUCCUCCCAAUCUCCUCCACGGAGAGUCCUACAUUUCAUAUAUGUAAAGGAGUUUUUCCAUCUCCACCUAACCAGAAAAAGGAAAAUGAGUAAAUUUGAACAAAGGUUUGUGUUAUGGCUUGAAGGGAAGAACAAAAUAACCAAACUUUGUACUUGCAAAUACAAGCUUUUGCUCGCGAUGGAAGGUGGUUUCGCUUCCUGCAAACGCUAA